AUGUCUAAACUCUUCAUCGGCGGCCUUGCAUGGCAUACUGAAGACGCGACACUCAAACAGAAGUUUGAAGAAUUUGGCCCUGUCGAGGAAGCGGUCGUUGUCAAAGAUCGCGACACUGGUCGAAGCAGAGGCUUUGGAUUUGUCCGCUAUGUAAAUGAGACAGAUGCACAGAAAGCCAUUGCAGGCAUGAACAACGUAGAAUUCGAUGGACGAACUAUUCGUGUCGAUAAGGCAUCCGAUACUGGCCCCCGCGGCGGUAGCGGACGAGGCGGCUCCUACACACCGAGGGGUGGGUACGUACAGCAGCCUCAGAUGCCCUAUGCUGCUGGCCAGCCGGUUCCGUACGGCAUACCUAACCCGGUAAUGUACGCCCCGGCCUACGGACGUGGAGCAGGCUACCCACAACCUGGCUACGGAACACCCCCACCUCAAGGCUACGCACCCUACGGCUACCCGGACCAGCAGCAAGCUAUGCAACAGCCUCAGCCUCAGCAACAAUAUCCUCCUCAGGGACAGCCGCCGUAUCAGUAG